UGCAGUGUAUAUUAUAAAGGUCUGGACAAGAGAGGAGGACUUUUACUUAGUUGAAGAUUUAGGGUUCGUGUCCAUGUGCAGCAUGAGAGAGCUGGUAAUAUUAGCAGCUUUGGUCUCGGCUCUACACGUGGCCAGCCUCCCGACAGACACUGAUGUGGUAUAUAAGUGCCAAGAAGAUCAGGACAACAUUGCAAUAUUAGCAGCCGAGCGGUUCAUUAAUGACCAUCACCACCAUGGAUACAAAUUCAAAUUCGUCUCACUGGACAGUCGCAGAGCAGAUGAGAAGACUGAUCUUUGUGAGGUCAUCUUGGGAAUAACUCUAGAGGAAACUGAAUGCCACAUUGUGAAUCCCAAACCUUUAGAUCAGUGUACCACUAGAAAGGAAUCAGAGACGAAAGUGACAGCAAAAUGUAAUGUGACCGUGUUAAGUUUUGAGGGAAAAGCAGUUGUGGCGUGCUACAUCUGUGACACCAAACCAGAUUCACAUGAAAUACUUGUGACAAAAUGCCCUGACUGCCCCAGUCUACUGCCAUUGAAUGACCCGAAGGCUCUGGAGAGUGUGAAAACUGCCCUGCAGAAAUUCAACAAAGAAUCGAAUCACAAGUCUUACUUUAAACUGUUGGAAGUGGGAAGGAUCAGCACACAGUGGAUGUUUUCAGGUCAAGACUUCUUUGUGCAGUUCGCCAUUACUGAGACAAACUGUCCGAAAAGGGUGGCAUACCGGAAACAAAAAGCAUGCAAGGCUUUGUGUGGAGUUAAAGCUCGGUAUGGGUUCUGUAAGUCCUCCAAGGUUGGAAAUGAAGAACCAGAAGUGGAAUGUGAGAUUUACAAAGCUCAGAACAUAACUCAUCCAAUGAAACACCCUGCUCAGUCAAGAAAAGACUGUAAAUUCCAUGGCUUCCCACCCCCCCACUAUCCAGGACAUAACCUGCCUCACCCGGAACAUGCAAGCCAUGAGGACAAGGGCGGAGACAAAAGGCCUGACCGAGGGGGCCGUCCAGAACACGCAAGCCAUGAGGACAAGCGCAGGGAUCAAAGGCCUGACCGAGGGGGCCGUCCGGGACACGCAAGCCAUGAGGACAAGCGCAGGGAUCAAAGGCCUGACCGAGGGGGCCGUCCGGGACACGCAAGCCAUGAGGACAAGCGCAGGGAUCAAAGGCCUGACCGAGGGGGCCGUCCGGGACACGCAAGCCAUGAGGACAAGCGCAGGGAUCAAAGGCCUGACCGAGGGGGCCGUCCGGGACACGCAAGCCAUGAGGACAAGCGCAGGGAUCAAAGGCCUGACCGAGGGGGCCGUCCGGGACACGCAAGCCAUGAGGACAAGCGCAGGGAUCAAAGGCCUGACCGAGGGGGCCGUCCGGGACACGCAAGCCAUGAGGACAAGCGCAGGGAUCAAAGGCCUGACCGAGGGGGCCGUCCGGGACACGCAAGCCAUGAGGACAAGCGCAGGGAUCAAAGGCCUGACCGAGGGGGCCGUCCGGGACACGCAAGCCAUGAGGACAAGCGCAGGGAUCAAAGGCCUGACCGAGGGGGCCGUCCGGGACACGCAAGCCAUGAGGACAAGCGCAGGGAUCAAAGGCCUGACCGAGGGGGCCGUCCGGGACACGCAAGCCAUGAGGACAAGCGCAGGGAUCAAAGGCCUGACCGAGGGGGCCGUCCGGGACACGCAAGCCAUGAGGACAAGCGCAGGGAUCAAAGGCCUGACCGAGGGGGCCGUCCGGGACACGCAAGCCAUGAGGACAAGCGCAGGGAUCAAAGGCCUGACCGAGGGGGCCGUCCGGGACACGCAAGCCAUGAGGACAAGCGCAGGGAUCAAAGGCCUGACCGAGGGGGCCGUCCGGGACACGCAAGCCAUGAGGACAAGCGCAGGGAUCAAAGGCCUGACCGAGGGGGCCGUCCGGGACACGCAAGCCAUGAGGACAAGCGCAGGGAUCAAAGGCCUGACCGAGGGGGCCGUCCGGGACACGCAAGCCAUGAGGACAAGCGCAGGGAUCAAAGGCCUGACCGAGGGGGCCGUCCGGGACACGCAAGCCAUGAGGACAAGCGCAGGGAUCAAAGGCCUGACCGAGGGGGCCGUCCGGGACACGCAAGCCAUGAGGACAAGCGCAGGGAUCAAAGGCCUGACCGAGGGGGCCGUCCGGGACACGCAAGCCAUGAGGACAAGCGCAGGGAUCAAAGGCCUGACCGAGGGGGCCGUCCGGGACACGCAAGCCAUGAGGACAAGCGCAGGGAUCAAAGGCCUGACCGAGGGGGCCGUCCGGGACACGCAAGCCAUGAGGACAAGCGCAGGGAUCAAAGGCCUGACCGAGGGGGCCGUCCGGGACACGCAAGCCAUGAGGACAAGCGCAGGGAUCAAAGGCCUGACCGAGGGGGCCGUCCGGGACACGCAAGCCAUGAGGACAAGCGCAGGGAUCAAAGGCCUGACCGAGGGGGCCGUCCAGAACACGCAAGCCAUGAAGACAAGGGCAGGGAUCAAAGGCCUGACCGAGGGGGCCGUCCGGGACACGCAAGCCAUGAGGACAAGGGCAGGGAUCAAAGGCCUGACCGAGGGGGCCGUCCAGAACACGCAAGCCAUGAGGACAAGGGCAGGGAUCAAAGGCCUGACCGAGGGGGCCGUCCAGAACACGCAAGCCAUGAGGACAAGGGCAGGGAUCAAAGGCCUGACCGAGGGGGCCGUCCAGAACACGCAAGCCAUGAGGACAAGGGCAGGGACAAAAGGCCUGACCGAGGGGGCCGUCCACAACACGGAAGCCAUAAGGACAAGGGCAAGGACAAAAGGCCUGACCAAGAGGACCAUCCAGAACACGCAAGCCAUGAGGACAAGGGCAGGGACAAAAGGCCUGACCGAUUGGGCCGUCCAGAAAACACAAGCCAUGAGGACAAGGGCAGGGACAAACGGCCUGACCGAGGGGGCCGUCCAGAACACGCAAGCCAUGAGGACAAGGGCAGGGACAAAAGGCCUGACCAAGGGGGCCAUCCAGAACACACAAACCUUGAGGAGAAGGGCAGGGACAAAAGGCCUGACAAAGGGAGCCAUCCAGAACAUGAAAAUAAUGAGGACAAGGGCAGAUGGUUGGGUGGUAGGGGGUGGGGCGACAAAAUGCCUCACCGAGGGGGCCAUCCAGAACAAGCAAGCCAUGAGAACAAGGGCAGGGACAAAAGGCCUGAUCGAGGGGGCCGUCCAGAACACGCAAGCCAUGAGGACAAGGGCAGGGACAAACGGCCUCACAGAGGGGGCCGUCCAGAACACGCAAGCCAUGAGGACAAGGGCAGGGACAAAAGGCCUGACCAAGGGAGCCGUCCAGAACACGCAAGCCAUGAGGACAAGGGCAGGGACAAAAGGCCUGACCAAGACGGCCGUCCAGAACACGCAAGCCAUGAGGACAAUGGCAGGGACAAAAGGCCUGACCGAGGGGGCCGCCCAGAACAAGCUAGCCAUGAGGACAAGGGCAGAGACAAAAGGCCUGACCGAGGGGGCCGCCAAGAAAAAGCAAGCCAUGAAGACAAGGGCAGUGACAAAAGGCCUGAUGAAGGGGGCCGUCCAGAACACACAAGCCAUGAGGAGAAGGGCAGAGACAAAAGGCCUGACCAAGGGGGCCGCCCAGAACACGCAAGCCAUGAGGACAAGGGCAGGGACAAAAGGCCUGACCAAGGGCGCCGUCCAGAACAUGCAAGCCAUGAGGACAAGGGCAGAGACAAAAGGCCUGACCAAGGGGGCCAUCCAGAACACACAAACCUUGAGGAGAAGGGCAGGGACAAAAGGCCUGACAAAGGGAGCCAUCCAGAACAUGAAAAUAAUGAGGACAAGGGCAGAUGGUUGGGUGGUAGGGGGUGGGGCGACAAAAUGCCUCACCGAGGGGGCCAUCCAGAACAAGCAAAAGUCCUUGAAGUAGGGGGCCAGGAACGCUUUGGGUAUAAUCCUUGA